CCAGUAAAGUGUUAUAAUAGAUAUUUUAUAAUUAAUAGUGCGAGAGUUAAGCUAUAGCAUUUAGUGUGUCUAUACCGAAGCCUGCUUUAGAGUUUCGUGUCUCUACAAACAUGACCUACUUCCCGGCAUCAUAUUACUGCACUCAAGAACCUUUACAAAGCACUCGAUUGUUCUGAAAAAGCGCCUAACUACGUAAAUGCAGACGUUGGAAGGCUAGAUGUCCCUUGUUCCCCCUGGAGGCGCGGACUCUCCGAGUCCCCGGCGUGCUGUCAGCCCUUUACUGGAGAUGCGAAGACCACACUGCACGUUGGCCUGCGACUAUUGCGCGGCUAUCUUGGAGGAUAAGUUCAAACGCAGUUCUGAAACUAGGAACCGUGGCACUUCGCCAUUAUCAGCCUCCCCACGUCAAUCUCUUACUGGAGAACCACCUUGGACCCUGCCAGAUGACGAUCGUCCCGAUUUCUCAGCUUUGAAAGAAAAUAUACAUAAGAUCAACAAGGACUGUGAAACAUCAACACGUUUGGAUAUGUUGCUCACUCAAGUGGAGCAAUACGCCAACAAUCUCGAAGCACUGGUCGAAGAAAGGACUUCAGAUUACUUGGAGGAAAAACGGAAAUGCGAAGAGCUUCUUUAUCAGCUGCUACCCAAGUCUGUGGCAUCUCAACUGAUAAUGGGACAACCAGUUAUGGCUGAAACAUACGAUCAAGUUACAAUCUACUUUAGUGACAUCAUUGGCUUCACUCAGCUCUCCGCGGAAUCCACUCCUCUUGAAGUGGUGGAUUUAUUGAACGAUUUGUACACGAAUUUCGAUUCCAUCAUUGAAAAUUUUGAUGUUUACAAGGUAGAAACAAUAGGUGAUGCGUAUAUGGUGGUCUCGGGUCUUCCGAUGCGCAACGGUAACCGUCACGCUGCUGAGAUCGCUCGCAUGUCUCUGGCUCUCCUCGGAGCGGUGCGCGUGAAGACAGUUCCUCACAGACCAGGAGAACGGCUGCUCUUGAGAAUCGGGAUGCAUACUGGUCCAUGUGUGGCUGGUGUGGUUGGCUUAAAGAUGCCAAGAUACUGCCUCUUCGGCGAUACAGUGAAUACUGCUUCAAGAAUGGAGUCACAUGGCGAAGCCCUACGAAUACACGUCAGUCCCAAAACCAAAGAAGUAUUGGAUUUAUAUGAUUGUUUUGAACUGGAAUGCAGAGGUCAGAUUACAAUGAAGGGUAAAGGCGAAAUGACAACAUACUGGCUAAUCGGUGAAAAAACGCCACAAAACAAAUACGUACCAACAGAAGAAGCUAAUUUACAAAGCACCACCGUGACAAAUCCUAGUAUCACAUUCCAGGGUCCGGAUAGUCCUGCCGCGCAUUCGCUCACCCAAAGUCACAGUCCAGAACAAAUGGACGUUAAGGAAACCAGCAAUCACCGGCCGCUUGAGAUAAUGAACGAAAGAGAUCGUAUCAAACACGAAAUAGCGUCAUUCGUGGCCAAAGAUCUCAUAAACAAUAUAGACAAUGCUGUGAGAGAAUUCAGAAAAUCACAAAGCGCUAACUUCGCUAACUCAAUGACGAACACAAAGCUAUUGUGUAAUGGCAAUGAGAAAGGCCUAAUUACACCGACAUACGAUAAAGAAUUGGUCAUCAGCAAAGGCAAAGUACGCGAUGUCGUUAACAGAUUCAACAGUUGCAUUAUAACUACGAAUGAUAAUAAUCUAAAUAAAACACAAAAAAUAAAGGCGACGAACGCUGAAUAAUGAGUUUCUGAUUUAAAAUGGUAUCUCGCUCGGUCUAAAGUUUUUAAAGUUUUAGAUGUAUAUGUGAUUUUUUUUAUAUAUAUUUAAACAUGAAUUUCUAUUGAUGGAGUUGCCAGUGUAUUUAGUGCCAAGCACAAUAUAGGAAAGUAGUGGACAAACUACAUAUUUAUUUCAGAAUCUAGUUGCUAUUCUUAAGAAGUACAUUUAUUUAGAACAUUCAUAAAUUUAAAAUGAGCAUAGAACAGAUGUGGGUACGAGAAACCCACCACAAUCUUUGUAGGUAUACUUAAUUAAUAUUCUAGAUAUUAGAGAUAUGUUAUGUUUUUAAUAGUUUUAGCAAAUUAUCGCAUAGGGCGAUGUUGAAAGAUGUAGUGAGAAUUUAACUAUAUAAUGGACUUCUUUAAAUGUUAAUAAUUAUACAUCCUCUAAAAAAUUUUUAGAAUUAGAAUCCUUAGUAUUUGUACCUAACUUUUGUACCUUGAAUACUUUUCUAGUCACCUUGUUUGAUGUUACCUCACAUUUUCGACUGUUUAUAAGUAAAACACAUACUUGUAGACAUACGCAAUUUUAGUAUCCAUUAACUAUGAAAGCUUAAGAUACUUAUAUAACAUAUGUUAGAUUUUACUUAAUGUUACAAAAAAUGUCAACUGGCUUCAUUAGCUUUAAGACAUCCCAUCGAUUUUCUGUGCUAUUAAAUCUAGGUUACUAUCGUUGACUACUAUUUAUGUAUUCUCUAUUUGUGUUGAAGAAGCCUCUCAAAUCUGAGCUUGCUCAGAGUGAGUUUGGGUAUUGAUUCGAACCUCAUGAUACCAGUCAACUCUGAUUUUUCAAAUUCAUAAAGUCUUCCUACUUUAUACUUAUACGCUAUCUUGUUAAUUUAUCUACUUAAUCUCUUAUUGCCACUCGUAUUUGAUGCGAUUAAUCUAUUUUUUAAUCCACGAUAAUGUUUCGAGCCCAAGAAAAUAACUAUGAUUCUAUAUUACGAUUCAUUAAUAUCUUGUUUUUGAUAUUAUAAAUAAUGGAAAUAGACAAUGUCUUUUCAAUGGUCAUUCAUUAUUUUAGAAAUCACAUGUAGAUAUUAACAAGUUUUACAAUAGUUACUUGAAUUGAAAGUGUCGUCUACAAAAUUUUUAGUAUUAAAGUAAGUGACUCUCGAUGAAUCUCAUUGUUUUAUCUCGAAUAGCUAAUAAAACUUAUCAGAUGUAGUUUUAGUUUUAAAUUCUCACGCUUAUAGUUAUUAUCUGAAAUCUCAUGCUAUUAUUAACAGUGUAGGAUGAAUUUAAUUUAAAAUACAAGGUUGAAAAUUGGAUAUAAAUUUUAUUUUAUCUUGUGUAUGUAACGAAAUUUUAAUUGCAUCAUAUCUUAAUAGUCUAGUCUUACAUCUUUUUCCUGCUGGCACGAUAUGUCUAAAUAAGAUAAAUAAUUAUAGCAAUUUUAAUGUUUUACUGAUUGAAAAUGCGUUUAGUAAUAUUAUUUUUGAGUAAUUAUGUCAUAAAAUAUUCUCAUAUAUAAUAAAAUAUUAUCUUUUUGUUGAUUUUUCAGAUAUUAAUAAGUGAAUAUUAUGAAUAGUUGUAUGUAUAAUAUAAUAUAUCUAAAAUAAA